AAUAUUUAAACCUAAAUCUGACAUUUUUUGUCUAUCAAAGUAGAAUAUUUGCAUAUCAACUACAUUCUUUAUAUGACAUACAUAUAUUUAUUAGCUCUUUUAAUUGGUGCAAUAAAAUUGUUAAAAAGCACUGUUUGGCUAGCCAGCCAAUAAAAAAAACACCAUUCGCUAGUAAAAGUACAAUAGUUUGGAGUCAUUAGCUAAAAUUUUGGCAAAACGAGGUGUUUGAAAAUUUCAGUGAUACUGCUGUGGUUAUCUGAUACUGCCAAAAUAGUUUUAAAGGCUUUUAAAUACAAAGCAUAUACAGACAAACAAAUAAAUUUCUCGUCGCUUAUCUUUAGUCUUCACAAUGCAGAACAAGAUAUCCAACUAUGCAGAAUAUUCACAAUUACUUUUUUCAAUUCCCGACUACUGUGUUUUUGGAGCGCUAUUGUUGUUCUCUACGGGAAUCGGUAUCUAUUUUGGCUACAUAAAAAAGAAACCGGUUAAAUCAAGCAGUGAUGAGGAAUCAAACGGCCAUAACGUACCGGACUUUGGUUCUAAAGGAAUGAGUGAAUAUAUGCUGGGAUCCAGGCAAAUGAAAGUAUUUCCAGUGGCAAUGAGUCUUGUUGCUAGCUACAUUUCUGGCGCAACUAUGCUGGGCACACCAUCGGAAAUCUACAACUAUGGGACUCAAUUUUUUUUAAUCGUUAUACCGAUCAUUUUGAUGGCAAUAACGGUGUCAAAAGUCUAUAUGCCAGUAUUUGCCUUGUUAAAAGUCAGUUCUUCUUAUGAGUAUUUGGAAAUUCGUUUCGGCUCGAACGUUCGAACUAUUGCCGCAGUUUUGUUUAUUGGGAAAAUGAUAUUGUACAUGCCAAUAAUUUUAUAUGUGCCAUCAUUAGCAUUUAAUCAAGUCACUGGAAUUAAUGUAUACAUCACUAGUAGCGUCAUGAGUUUAAUUGUUGUGAUCUACACAAUAUUGGGUGGUAUUAAGGCCGUGGUUCAAACUGAUAUUUGGCAAACAUUAGUUAUGUUUAUUGGGAUAAUAGUUGUUGUCAUACUUGGAGUGAUAUAUGCAGGUGGAUUUGGACCAGUAUUUCAGCACGCUGCUGAAGGUGGACGCAUCAUUUUUGCUAAUAUAACCCCUUCAUUAUAUGAGAGACAGUCAUUAUGGUCUGUAUUGAUUGGUGGCUUUUUCUAUUGGACCAGCUAUAAUAGUGUAAAUCAGUCCAUGGUUCAACGUUACAUGUCGCUGCCGACUUUGAAGAAAGCACAGCAUUCGAUGAUCAUCUUUACGAUCAGCGCUACAAUAUUCCUUUCGUUUUGCUGUUUCGCCGGUUUAUUGAUAUUUGAUUUCUAUCGAAAUUGUGAUCCACUAAGCGCUGGACUCAUCUCGAACAACGAUCAAUUAUUACCGAUCUACGUAAUGCAAACUGUUGGUCAUCUACAGGGCAUACCGGGUCUUUUUAUAGCCGGUGUUUUUGGCGCAGGGUUAAGUUCUUUAUCGUUGGGAUUUAAUUGUACUGCAUUGGUAAUCUUUGAGGAUAUUGUACGUGGCAGUUUUGAAAUGAAUUUGAGCGAACGCGCUUCAACAAUACUUGUCAAAAUCACAAUAAUUAUCCAGGGUGUAAUUGCUGUUGCGUUGAUUUUUGUACUUGAAAAGUUAAGUGGCAUUUUGAGCGUAGUGUCUUCGCUUGUUGCCAUUGAAAGCAGUACCACAUGUGGUAUAUUCACACUCGGCAUGUUGGUACCAUGGAGCACUACGAAAGGGGCAUUAGCUGGCGCUGUUGCGGGCGCAAUUAUGUCUGGUUGGGUGUCGUUUGGCUCACAAGCAGCAAAAGCAAGCGGUCAACUUGGUUCACAUAUUUUGGAAGUUUUUGUAUCGGAAUGUCCCGCUAAUUCCACAAUAACUGAACCCGAAUAUGUUGAUGAGUCGGAUGUAUUUCCUUUAUAUCGUUUAUCGUUUCAUUGGAUACCUGUAAUUGGUGUUUUGUCUACAUUACUGGUUGGCACUGUAACAUCUUUUCUCUGCGGACCAAAGGACUUGAAAACAUUGAACGCAAAUGUAAUAUCACCUGUAAUUCAUAGAUUUUUACCGAAAGAAUGUUUCAAGGCUACGCCUAAUGCAAACCCUAUUUUAUCCAGAGGUAAUUCUGAGCGAACAUCAACUUCUAUUUCGAAUAAGUCCAAACGCAUGAGUGCUACGGAGAAAUACUAAAAUAUGGAUUUAAUAAAGAUUAAUUUUUCUUCCUAUGUACUUUUUCAAACCUUUUGUUUUUUCAUUCGUACAUCGAAAAAAAAUGUAUAUAAAUGGCUUAGAUAAAUGGCUUCGCAAAUA